UUGAUUAUGUAUUAAAAAGGUUGAAAAAUCAUGUACGAAAAUGGCUAAUGGUUUAUAGCUGGCUUUAUAUUUAUAUAAUUAUAAAUUAUAUGCAGUUGGAGUGGAGUGAGAUAUUGACUGACUCAGAAUGAGAUGAGUUUUUGCUUUAUUAACCAUUUGUUCUCUGAGAGAGCCGUUGAUAUUUUUCCGUAGCUUGUGAUACAUUGAUUCCCUAUGUUGAUGAUUUUUCAGAAUCUUUUUCAGACUAUUUAUGCUCUUAUGCUGCAUCAUCUUCUUUUUCUUUUUAAUACUAUUUGGACUUUUAAAUAGUGUGAGUACAAAAAUAGCAUGGGCAUUGUGAGCUGUUCCCGGUUCACUGAAGAAACGGCCAGAGGAAGCAUUUCAUGAGCUUCUGCAUUUGACUGUGGCUGGAGAACUAGAAAUUGUUAGCCAUGAAGGAAGUUGACAAAAAGAGAACUCCAAAUAAUAACAGGACAAAACGCUCUGCGAAAACUGAAAAGAAAGACCCUAAACUUAACCAAGGCAAUCCUGGAAAAACUUUGAAUGGGAAAGAAGCUCAAUCUAAAACACCUAAUGCUAAGCAACACUCCAGAACUUCAGUAAGUGAAUCGAACAGGGGAACGGAGUCCUCUGAAGUUUAUCAAAACAUGGUGGUACAUUAUGUGGACGAUGUCAACAAAUCUGAAGAAGCAGUUAAAGGUCCAAAAGCUAUUGAAAUAAGUUCCAAAGAGAUAACGGAUGAAGUUAUGGAUGGUAACUCUACUGACUUGGAUAAAGAAUAUAAGCAGGGAAAGGAAGAGGUUUCAGAUUCUGAUACAACUAAGGAUUCAGCAUCAUCUCAAGGGGAUUCUCUGACAGCUGAGGAUGAGAAAAUUGAAGAAAUAGCUUCAAGUGUUCCUGAAAGUAAUUCAAAGAAGAAUUUCAAUGAGAUAUCUGAUCAACCCAAGGUACCCACCAACUCAAACGGGAAGCCAUCUAGUGAUAAGCUUGUUGCAGAAGUCAAUGGAUCUGAUACAUUGAAUGAGACUGUAAAUGGACCCAACUGUGUUGCUGAUGAUAAUGGCUCAGUUGGUGCUGAAGAAAAUAAUGAACGUGAGAAGGAAGCAGCUUUAGAGAAAAAGAUCGAAGCAAUGGAAAUGAGAAUUGAGAAACUUGAGGAAGAAUUACGAGAGGUUGCUGCUCUUGAAAUUUCUCUGUAUUCUGUAGUGCCAGAACAUGGGAGCUCAGCACAUAAGGUGCACACCCCAGCUCGUCGCCUUUCUCGACUAUACAUUCAUGCUUGCAAAUAUUGGACUCAAGACAAGCGAGCCACCAUUGCUAAAAACACAGUAUCUGGGUUGCUCUUAAUUGCAAAAUCAUGCGGUAACGAUGUAGCAAGGUUGACCUUCUGGCUAUCAAACACUGUUGUGCUAAGGGAGAUCAUUUCUCAAGCAUUUGGUGGUUCACGUCAUUCAAGUCCGGCGAUGCGAUUGGGUGAGUCAAAUGGGAACGGAAAAAGAAGUGAAUUGAAAUCUGCAACACUGAAAUGGAAGGCGAAUCCUGGUAGCAAACAGGCGAAUGGUUUUUUUCAAUUUGUUGAAGAUUGGCAGGAGACAGGAACCUUCACAGCUUCUCUAGAAAAGGUUGAAUCCUGGAUUUUCUCUCGGGUGGUUGAAUCAGUGUGGUGGCAGGCUUUGACUCCACAUAUGCAAUCUCCAAUCGAGAAUUUGUCCAAUAAUCAGACCACUGGAAGAUUGUUAGGACCAGCCUUGGGUGAUCAAAAGCAAGGCAACUUUUCCAUCGACCUAUGGAGAAAUGCUUUCCAGGAUGCGGCUCAACGACUGUGUCCUGUUCGAGCUGGGGGGCACGAGUGUGGUUGCUUGCCUGUGCUGACAAGAAUGGUUAUGGAACAAUGUAUUGCCAGACUAGAUGUGGCCAUGUUCAAUGCCAUCUUGCGUGAGUCAGCCCAUGAAAUUCCAACUGAUCCAGUUUCAGAUCCAAUUGUUGAUUCCAAGGUCUUACCUAUUCCAGCUGGAGAUUUAAGCUUCGGAUCUGGUGCACAGCUUAAAAAUUCGAUUGGCAAUUGGUCUAGAUGGCUUACUGAUAUGUUUGGCAUGGAUGCUGAUGAUGCGCCACAAGAAGAUGAUGAGCAUUGCAGUGAGGACGAUGACAAACAAAGUGGAGAUGGUGAAUCUAAAUCUUUCCUUCUUCUCAAUGCCUUGAGUGAUCUUUUGAUGCUUCCAAAAGACAUGCUUAUGGACCGAUCAAUCAGAAAAGAGGUGUGUCCCUCAAUUAGUCUUCCCUUGAUUACUCGGAUACUUUGUAACUUCACUCCAGACGAGUUCUGUCCAGAUCCCGUUCCUGGAACCGUAUUGGAGGCCCUAAAUGCUGAUACCAUUGUGGAGAGGAGAUUGUCAGGAGACAAUAUGAGAAGCUUCCCUUAUACAGUGGCGCCUGUCUUGUAUACAACUCCAUCGCCUUCUGAUGUUGCAGAAAAGUGUGAUGUAGCAGAUGCAGGAGGGAAAUCUGAAAUGGCAAGGAAUGUAUCCGUUAUACACAGAAAAGGAUAUACGAGCGAUGAGGAACUGGAGGAACUGGAGUCUCCUCUUACAUCGAUCAUCGACAAGUUGCCCGUGUCUCCAAGUGUAAGUACAAAUGGAAAUGGUAAUGGAAAACACAAGGAGAGUUCAGGCUUUGCUUGCACAAAUGAGAGGUAUGAACUUCUCAGCGAGGUCUGGUCUGUGUGAAUGUUGGAGAGAGUUAUGUAUUUUAAAUAUAUGAAUAUAUAUACUGAUGUUUGUAUCAGAAUCAGAAACGAACUGUUGAGAAUACAUAGAUAAAUUAAAGUUGUUUAUAUUGGAAAGUGAAUAGUCCUAUAUGAUCAUUCAUUACAAAGUCUUUCGGAGACUUAAUUAAAACGCGCUCAGGUCACGGCUUUCUUGUACAUGAUAUGAAUUUUUGUUAUCAUAAAAGCAUUUAAUGAGAGAUUACGUUUCACUCAGUAAA